GACCUCAGCGAGGUAGAGUUUCUAUUCAGUUGCGUUACUAAAACACCUGUAAGCGUUCAAUAGGGAGCUAUCGAUUACGUGAGUUUGCGGAACAAUUUUUCAAUCGUUUUAAACCCAAAUUGUGCUUUGAACUGUACCAAGGAGGAUAGCACCAGGGCUGUUUUGCUUAAUAUGGGGCCUCUUGCGAGUCAGGAUGUGUUUUCGUGGCUGCUGGUGGCCUCGGUUCUCCAGGUAUCGAGUGUAAGCUUGGCGCAGGCCAGUUACCUGUGCACUGCAUACCUGAACAUUUCCUAUACCAUUCCUGGAACGAACCAAACCACCUGGCGUCAAGAGGAGAUGGGACUGUAUGGACAAGACUCACCCAAAGCUUCUGUCGUGGGGAAUGUGUAUUUAGCCCAUCCGAUCUAUGGUUGUGAGGAGGACACCGUUUAUCGCCGACCGAACGACUCCAGGGGCUGGAUCGCCUUAAUUCAACGCGGAAACGGAUGCACUUUCAGCGAUAAAAUUAACGUCGCGGCUAUGAACGGAGCUGCCGCUGCUAUAAUUUUCAACGACUUCGGGGCUGAAAAUCGGGUCAUUCAGAUGUCCCACCCAGGCACGAACAUCGUUGCAGUCAUGAUUGGCAACUACUAUGGGAUGGAGCUGGUCCAUCUGCUAGGUAAGGGCGUGCCCGUUUCCAUAGCGAUAGAGGUUGGAAAGCAGCACGGUCCCUGGAUGAGUCACUAUUCAGUGUUUUUCGUCUCCGUCUCCUUCUUCAUCGUCACCGCGGCGACUGUUGGAUACUUCAUCUUCUACUCCGCGCGGAGACUGACCAGCCUCAGGCAGCAGAACCGCAAACAGAAAAAGCUGAAAGCUGAAGCAAAAAAGGCGAUUGGCCAGCUGCAGGUCCGCACACUGAGACAAGGGGAUGAGGAGACAGGCCCCGAUGCUGAUACCUGUGCAGUUUGUAUUGAUUUGUAUAAACCAGGAGAUGUACUGUCAGUACUCACAUGCAAUCAUUUCUUCCAUAAAUCUUGCAUAGAGCCAUGGCUGCUGGAGCACAGAACCUGCCCGAUGUGCAAGUGCGACAUUCUUAAAGCCCUCGGAGUUGAGUUGGAUGUAGAGGAGCAGCCACAGAUUUCAGUGCCUGAUUUCAGAUCCUUUUCUACCUCUGAGGACCUGCACAGUGAGACAGCGUCACACACACACAGUGAGACUGCAUCCUCUGGAUAUGCAUCUAUGCAUGGAACCGAGCACCUCAGUCCUGCCGAAGGCACACAGAACGGUGUGCAAGAGGAGCAGGUGGACGUGUCGCCUCAUUAUGAUAAUCUUGCCUUCGAGGGCGACAUUCACAGACAGAGUGAAGUCAGGACCUGAGCAGCACAAACAAACACUGAUACAAUGCACUCUUAAAGAUGAAUGAAGGGUUUUGAUUUGAGGACUUACAUUGAAGCACUGUUGAGCCCUUUUCUGAUUAGUUUCUAAGUGCCUAUAAAUUCUCUCUCUCUCUCUCUCUGACUAUUUGUCCCUGUGGGGGACCACAAUGAUUACUGGGUCAAUCGGAGGUCAGGUUUUAAUUGUCUAUGGUUAAUUCAGGUUAUUAUGUUUUCUAAUUCAGGGUUUAAUUCCCACUGUGGGUGUGUCAGGAUGUAAGACUCGCAGCCUUCCAUAGCGUCAUGAAGAUGUCAGAGCAGCUGUGGAGACACACAGAGAGAGACAACAGUGCUCCACCUGCUGUACAUUAGAGGACUUAAUGCAUACUGUACUUUAUCCCUUUUUUCAUGGCUUAUUAAAAUAUAUUGUUCCAGUUUUGAUGGAAAUUUAAAAUGUCAGAAAUAUUGUGCCUUACACACACUUAUGUAAGUGUGCAAAUGUAUAUUAUUCUGCAUAGACCUAAUAGGGCUGGUUUUAAAAUGUAUGGAUUAAGUUCUCCUGAUUUUAAUAUUUAAAUAAGAGAUGGAAAUAUUUCUUUACUCUUUCAAAUGAAUAGUACUGACACUAAAUUUAACACUGUAAAUAAAAUAUUUUAUGAAAUUUC